GUGAAACCAGGAAUAGAAAGGCUGACAAAAACCGGUGUUGUGUUCACGGAUGGUUCACACGUGGACAACGUUGAUGUGCUGGUUACAGCGACAGGAUAUCUUAAGAGUUUUCCGUUCAUAGAAAGUAAAGAAAUUAGAGAUUCUAUGGAGGAACUUCAAUUGUACAAGUACAUCUUCAACCCAGAUGUACCUACACUCGCUGCUAUCGGUCUCUUCAAAGGUCUUGGGACUCAGGCUAAUGCAUAUGAGAUGCAGUCUCGUUACGUUGUGCGCAUUUUCAGCGGGAAAUUGAAAUUACCAUCGAAAAAUGCGAUGAGAAAAGACAUCAAAGAAGUAUCAGAAAUUAACAUAAGGGAUCACGGCAGCAUUCAUUCAUAUGUGCUUUGGGUGCCGUACAUGCUUGACCUCGCACGGCGCAUUGGCGCUCUACCAAGUUUCUGGAGUUACAUAUUCACGAGCCCAAGAAUUGCGAUGAAGCUUGCUUUUGGCACGUUGUAUCCGUACAUAUUCC